AGGAUCACUAAAAUUUAUUCCAAAGUUUCCGUCUUUGUCCUCAACUCACGGCAGAUAGAUCUAGCUGUACUCUUGUGCGCACUGCGCAGCCAGUACGAGUACUCAAUCCUGUAUUCCCUUCACUGACGAAUUUGAUUGCCCGCUCACCUUCCCGCCUUGAAAAAAUCCUCGUCGUCAACUCUCGUGUGCCACAGUCUAUGCAGCGCGCGACGUCGCCGAAAGCGUCGCAAAAGAUGGAAACCCGUCGCAGACUGCUCGCCAUCGUCGUCGCCCUGGCUUCAGUUUCCUCGCUUCUCUGCACUGCCACUGCGACCGUCGUCAUGUCGACUACUUCAGAGGCCGCGAUGCUCAAGGUUCGGCAGAGCCUCGGACUGACCGACGCUUCUUGGAAUUGGAAGGCUGGCGUGGCUUGUACUCUGCCCGGGGAGGGCCUUGUAGCGGGGACGGUGGUGUGGAAGAACGUUGUUUGUGACUCUAACGGGAAUCCUAUUGUCAUACGCGCAGACGGCUUGAACUUGGCGGGGGGGAUUCCAUCCGCGAUAAAGAACAUGACCGCAAUCACCCGACUGGAACUCCAAAACAAUGCUUUCAACCGGCGCCUUGAUGCCUUCAUGCCCAACCUGCUCGCCCUCACCAACCUCGCACAACUGAACUUGCGAGACAACUUCUUCUAUGGCUCGAUUCCUACCUCACUCUUGGCGAUGAAAAGCCUUCAAAAGCUUUCCCUCUCCUACAACUUCCUCUCUGGCGCAGUGCCCCCAGCCUUCUCCUCCUCCCUCCUCACCCUAGAUGUUGACGGGAACCUCCUUCUGGGAACCUUCCCCAUGCCGCCGACGCUGUUCGAGGUGUGCAGUGCAGUGCAGAACUGUCUGCGGGACGUCGAGAUGUGUGACACGGGGCUGGGGACCGAGCAGAAGCCCAGCAGGGACUGCACGGUCUGUGGAGCGAACCUCAAAGCACCAGAUGCUGCGGACCCCUGUGGUUCGGGCAACACCUGCGCUCCGGUUGUUACCGACCCUAAGAAUCAGCAUCGGGCAAAGCUUCCCAUGCAAUGUGUUGGUCCGGAUGGGAAGCCAGUUGACAGCACAGGGACCGGAGCAGGUAGCGGCACAGACACGGGCAGGGGCAUGGGCACUGGCACGGGCACUGACACUGGCACCGGCACUGGCACAGGUUCGGGAACUGGCACUGGCUCGGGGACCGAGUCAGGGACAGGUGGGGGGGCAGGAGCUGGGAAAGGGUCUGGUCCGGUUGGGGGGAUUUGUAAGAAAAAGAAGAGGGUAAAAUGCCCUAAAAAUGCAUGCCGAGGAAUGAUCUGCAAGGCACGGGUGUGGAGCUGCCUUGGAUACAAGUGCGUCCCAAAGGCUGCUCAGAGAGGGCUUCACUGAAGAGAUGUGCUCUCAUGCCAUGCCCUAAAACAGAGGAAGCUAGGACAGGGUGUCAGGCUGUCACCUGUAGGUGCUAAUACAAAGUGCUAGGAUCUUUGUGAAGUGUAUUGUCGAUGCAGUGUUCGUUACAACCACAUUUGGUUAACGACCUCGCCAUUUCGCUGUCUAACAUGGACAAUACAUCUUCCUUCACACC